AGCAAUGCAAGCACUUGCAGAUGUUUUGCGUGCGUUUCAACUUGAAAUUUAAAAGGAAUUUGAUUUUGUUACAAGCUCUUUGAUAAUGCCAUUUCCGCAAAGGAGCGUUCUCUGGUUUCCCUUGAUUGAACAACCUCCUUAAAGAAUAUUGCAUUAUCUUCUUUGUAUUAAUGCUGCUUCAAAGGGUUGAUUGCAUGAUUUGCACUACUCAGUGAAAAAUUAAUGGUUAGAAAUAUAAAUCAUGAAAGUCAAACUGAAACAUUAGGCCUUUGUGUUUUUGUUGAAUUUGUAUUUAAAGGGCCUUGCAGUGAAAUGAGUGCUUGUUAGAUGGAGGUGCUGGGUGGCAUCACACAAUUGUUUGUUGUUUUCAUAGUAUUUGAAUUGUUCCCCAUUUCAGACUAUACAAAUGCAAACCAUCGGUUCCCUUACGGAGUCAUAGCCCAAAACGGCUGACAGAGAUAAAAUGUGUAACUGUCCUAUUAAUAGCCAGGUCAUGAUGUGCGAGAUGAGGAUUCAUAGGUACAAAGGUAGAUUUCUUCCAGUCAUGUGGGUGGUUUCCAAACAUUCUAACUAAAACACUGGAUUCUUCUGCCAAACUUCACCGUUGCUAAGACCAUCAAACAAAUUCUUGCAAAAGAAAAGUGGAAGUAAUGAGUGUGAUCAAGAUCCUAAUGAACGCGGUGCUGCUCGGACUGGGGCCACCGCGGAAUCCUGACAAACAAGGUCGGCUUUCUUUUCUACAUCCCGUCCAGCGCUGGGGAACAUGGUGCUGACGUCACAGGUGCCGAUGCCAUUCACUAGUCUUUCUAUAGCAAUUCCCCAAGGUGACACCCAUCUACUAAUCUGUAGCAGGUUGGAUGGAAGUCAGCUUGAAUUUGCAGGUAAACACGUGUUAGAAUUUCUGUACCAGAAUGCUAUUUGCAUCCAUUUUAGCAUCAUAUUCCAUGUCUGAUCUCACACAUUGUAAGCAUGUCUCCAUAGUAAUGCGAACUGAGGAACCUUCAUUCUGUUCCAGACCUUGGAGAACAUAAAUCUGAACUGGAACUGGUUUAAACUCGUCUCAUUGAAGGGAUGGUACACAUCAUUUAUGUCUUGAAAUGCUCUGUGCUCGAGGCUGGUGAAUAACGAGCCCUAUUUGCUCGUCUGUGGUGGUUGCCUCAGUGACGGUAAAAUUAGUUGUGGGAGAGUAAAUGCUGGCAGAACUGCGAGGGAUUCAGGUGGCACAGAACCAGAACAGUCGAUCACUCGUAGUGCACAAUGUACUGUGGGCAGGGAGAGGAUUACGAUAGGCUGGACUCUGAGGGAGCCCUCAGCUGUUGCCUAUAAUCACCCGACACCUUGAACCAACAGGCAGCCAGUGGAGGAUAUAGGUAACAUACAGGCGCUUCAUAUGAUUUACUGACAAGCUGAAACCACAUCUAUUGUGCUAAUAUAUUCUACUACUGUGGCAGUUCUGUGAAGAUUUGCACUGAAAUAUACAACUGUCACUUAAAUGUCAUAUGAUGAUGUACAUCAUAAUCAUACACAAAAGUGCAUACCACUGGACGAUCGAGGUUUGUGUAUACACUAUAUGUAUUAUAAAUAAUAUUCCGACUGUACACGGCAUGAAUGGAUUGCAGUGAAUAUUCUAAUCAUAUCAUUAAAUAUUUCUAACCCAAAGCUUGAUAUUCCAUUCGUGUGUAAGUCACCUCAUUGCAAGAAAUAAUAUAUUAAUUUUAACCGCGAAUCUCGGUUACGUUAGACGAUACAAGCUAGCCGACGGGGAAGGACAAACCGCGGAGGAACAAUUUUGAAUAUGGACACCAGAGAACAUAUAUUUACUUAUAGAUGGAACCGUGAGUCACAAGUGCGCUUUCCAGCAAAUGAGCCAAACUGACACUAAUUACUUUAAGUGCUAACGACGAUAUUGAGUUUACUUUUAUAAACAGAAUAAAAUUACUCUGGUAGGCGUAUUAAAUGCACAUAGUACUUUAGGGAGCGAGUUUAUCAUCAAUAGUGUUUUUGAGUAACAUAAGGAGCAGCUGCGUGCUGUUUUGAGCAUCAACCCUCGGCUCUCGCCGACUUCUGACUCACGGCCACAUGGUCCGUACGCAGCCGCUGCUCGCCGUGUAUCGCCGCUUCCUCCCUCCCCAGCCACACACGCGUCGGCAGGCUGUUACCAAGAAAGAGGCUUGGAUUUAGUAACAAUGCGUAGUUUUGCCUCGGUGGCCGGGACAUCUCGUCACGCCGAGGAAAUAUCCGCCUUAGAGGCCCCUCUGCUGGUCGCCGCGCAUCCGUACGGGGGGGGUACGCGCAGGUACUGCGAGCGGCAGCUGCGGCAAAUAAAGCCCGACACUCGGGGGCUGCUCCUUUCUUCUGGCUGACCGAUCUCUUCCACGUCUGUUACAUUUUUCACACCUACUCCACGUCAUUUUUUUUCUCGAUGACUUUAUAUGCCGCCCGAUGACCAUAAGCUAGUUUGCGGCGGCUUGCCGGGGAGGGGAAGCGGCGCAGUCUUACUUCCAAUCGCAUCCAUUAACAGGCGAAAUGAAGGAGCGCGGACACGCCGGCUAACAUAUGCUGCUGUUCCCAUCUUCUUCUCUCUAUAAACGCAUGCAUUCGCCGUCACGGAGUACUUUUUCCAAACUGGAACCGAGCGAUAUGGAUUUGGAUUUUAUAAUCCGGAAGAUAACUUGCCCCCCGCACAUAUUUGAUGGGGAAAUUUGGUGUUUUUAUCUGAACACGGAUUACUAAGAGCCCGCUCCACUCAAACGUCUUUUCGGACUUGUUUUACUCAUUUAUUUUUCACUUGUCCAUUAUUUUUGGCAUAAAACGCAUAAUUCUUUUUCAAAAAACAAGCAAUCCACUUUGGUGGCUCUUGAAUAUUCAUUCUCGGAUGAGAUCUAAUCGUUUAGGACAACACCUGCGAUAGAGCUGGAAUAGGUUUUGGAAGUGGAUCCAAUCCAGCCGGACCUCGCCCCGACCAUGCCCGUCAGUGCCAUGUCUGGGGGCCGGACUCUCAGCCCGACCUCCCUGUCGCGCAGCCUGUCCAGGCUGAGGGACUUCAGGACUCGGACUCGGAUCAUGCUUUCGCUCGGAGUUUCUCAGAUGGUGCUGGGCAGCCUGAUAUUGGCUGUCAGUUUCGCCGCGCUGGCUCUCACCACUUCCCCAAGGGUCAGACAUUCCUGCCCGUUCUGGGCUGGCUUUUCCGUGCUGCUGUCCGGGCUGAUUGGGGUGGUGUCCUGGAAGAGGCCCCUGUCCUUGGUGAUCACCUUCUUCAUGCUGCUCUCAGCCGUGUGCGUGAUGCUUAACCUGGCCGGGUCCAUCCUGUCCUGUCAGAAUGCCCAGCUGGUCAACUCCCUGGAGGACUGUCAACUGAUCAAGUUCGACAGCGACGGGGUGUGUCUGUGCUGUGAGCUCCAGCAGAGGAGCUCAGGCUGCACCAACCUGGGGGAGACGCUGAAGCUGAACCCCCUGCGAGAUUGCAACACCAUCCGGCUGCGGCUCAAGGAGCUGCUGUUCAGCGUGUGUGCCCUGAACGUCAUCUCCACCAUCGUCUGCGCCCUGGCCACGGCCAUGUGCUGCAUGCAGAUGGUGUCUGCUGAUGUGCUGCAGAUGUUCAUGCCACACCGACGAACCAUGAGCACUGACUGCCUGCCCCCUCACGGCUCUCUGCUGCACCAGACGCUCGACUUUGACGAGUUCAUCCCACCCAUCCCCCCGCCACCCUACUACCCGCCUGAGUACACCUGCACCCCUGGCAUGGACACGCAGAGGGCGCUGCACCUGGACUUCCCUCACUCACCCUUCAGCACCAUCUACGGGAUGCCCAUCAAUAGCCCUGGGAUGCUGUAUCCUUGCGAGCUGCCCCCACCCUACGAGGCUGUGGUCGGCCAGACCCCAGCCAGCCAGGUCAGCCUGCAUGCUGCCCCGACGCUCCUUGGAGGUCUGAGCACGCAGGCCUCAGUGGACAGCGCCUCCCUCCUAGUGUCAGAGGUGGCCGACAUGCCGUACCACAGCUGCUCCUUGGAGGACCUGGGCUCCCUGCGCUCUGCCUCCGACUCCUCCCCCUACAGCGCCACACGCAUUGUGCCCACCGACGGCAGCUGCACCAGCCUGGAACACAGCGCGCGCUGUGCCCUGCGCCACCCAGCCCCCGCCCCCUCCGACAGUGGCCGAGGCGAGUCCUGCCACCCCCAGGACUGUGCCGCUGGCUGUGCCCAUGAGCGCUCACACGACUGGUCGCCCGAGAACGUCAGCAUGCUGGGACGGGAGGAGCUGCUGGGAGCCACACCCACUCGGCCCCGAGGGAAAGCCAGUAGGGUGUUAGCUCUGUCUCUGCCCCCGCCCCCCAACUCCGCCUCUGCUUCUGCUGCCCCGGUUGCUGCCAGCUCUGCCCCAAGUCCCUCUGCCUGCCCCUCCCCGACCCCCCAGCCCUGCGGCCAUAAGCUCUGCUUUGGUGUAUGGUCACCCACGCUGCCCCCCUCUGACUCCACCCCCAGCAGCUCCUCCCCCUCCGAUCGACCCCGCCCCCGUCGCUCAGCCAGGCACUACCAGAGGCUGCCCUGCAUCGUGCGCUCCACCAGUGACCCCAUCUCCUGUACCUCCACCACGGGAAGCAGCAGCUGUAAUUCGGCUCCUGCUAGUUUCCAGCCCAUUGACAGCUCUCCACAGACCUCACCUGAGCCAGCAGCCUGCUCUGAGCAUACAGCAGUGGUGGUCUCCUACCGGGACGCAGCCAGGCACGGCCCCCUGGGCCACUGGAGGCGACAGGAGGCCGGCAGGGUGGACAUCCAGCUUCGGCCCCUGACCUCGGGGACCCCUCCCAAGGACCGGCCGCGCUCGCUGGCCGACUUCCAGACCUACAGGGACACCAAGAUGCUGGUAGCCAGGCUUCUGGAGCAUUCCAGCUGCAGCCUCCCACCUGAAGUGCAGCAGGUGGUCGACAGCAUCAAGUCCGUCAUCAGGUCUGAGGAGAGGCACAUGGAGGAGGCGGUGAUCAGCGCCGACGUCAUCGGCCGGACGAUGAGGCAAACGCACAGAGGCUCUCGGGCUCCCCGCAAGCGGCACGGCGACGACCUGCACCUGCACAGCUGUGGCGCGCUGAGCUCGCCAUCUCUGCGGCGGUGCCGUCCAGGCCCCCGGGCCCGGGCCCCUACUGCCACACCGGGUGCCUCGCCGUCCGACCUCCCUCAACGGCCUGUGAGCGUGUGUCGAGAGACCAUCCUCUGACCCGCCACCAGUCACGGAUCGACCUCCCAGCAAAAAAAAACAAACAUACGAUCUGACGGUGUGCGACGACCGGCCCCCUCCUGCGCCGCGCAGACGGCUGCUCUCCGGAGACGGAGACAAGCGGGUGGCGAACAAAAGAUAAUGUACCAGCCAUAAACACAAGGGGCGCUGUGCCAUUACUACUCUAACUAAAUACACAGAGAAUAACAAGAUCAAGGAACUUUUUAAGCUAACCUAACAGGGAAGGCGUAGAAUUUUAUAUUAAAAAAAUUAAAAUAAAAAAAAAACAUUUUUUACUCAUCUGUGAAUGUGAUGAUCCUUAACAAAAGGGAUGUGGCCCAGUUCCUUCUGCGACCUAAAGGUCCAGUUCGCACACUGGUGCCGCCGGACGUCAGUUAUUUAUUUUAACCACAGUGUGUUGCAGUUCUUAAUCAGUGUUACAAUAAAAGAUGUUUUUACCUCUU